AUGGCUCCCGCGCCUCAGAAAAUCUGCGUUGAGACGGAUUGGCCGGCGCACAAGAAAGGAUGCAGGGACUUCCGUAAUCGGCGCCUGGAGAAGAAGCUUGAGCGGAUCACCGACAUCUUGCAGCAAGUUUACUACAUCUUCCGCAAAAACACCUGGGACGUCCCUGUGGCGGCGAUCAUGGUCCGUGGUGAUUGUGUGGAAAUCCAUCCGAGCCUUUCCCAAGAACCGAGUUUUUUCUCCAAAUUUCCUGAUCAUCUUCCCAUGAGCGAGCAGACAAGGAAUGCAAUCAUUUCUGCCUUUAGCUGCAACGAUCCACUGGCAUACUUCAAGGAUAUGAUAAGCGCUUCGCUUGAAGGAAUGGAUGUCAAAGUCGAAGAGUGCAAAGCCACUCUCGGCAAGAUUACACAAAAGGUUGUCUUUCGGACUAGCGGCGAACAACCUGUAGAUUGCUCGGCGUUUGCUCAUGAAAUUCUCCGCAUCACCGUGCCUGGGAAGCGGUGGAUCAUCGAUAUCACUGGUGCACAAUUUGGAAUUCACAAAACGCUGUGGGCCUGGGAAGACUACAAGAACAAACAUCAUGCGAAAAUGGGCAUGAUAUACAAGCUUGGUACGAAUGAAAUAUUGGUCAAGGCUUUGAGCAACGUUGAGGGUCUUCACGGCAUGCGGCAUACGAUAAAAGAGAUGGCAGCCGGCACUCUCAACACAGCAAUCAAGGAAUGGACUGGUAGCCACCACUCCAUUGCAGCCAUGAUUCUCAAGAAUGAUGAUGAAUACGAAGCGACAAAGCUUAGCUUUCUGAGCAGUAUGGACGUCGCAGUUCGUUCCUUUGUUGCGGCAAACAGAUUCGAGACUGAGAUCCGAAAGGCCUUGGAAUACGAGCUGAGCAACCCAGGUAUGAGCGAUAAGAUGAUUAAUACUGUCGCCGAUGUAUUUACCUUGAGCCUUUUCAUUGGGUCGCGUGGUCGGAACAGCCGAUAG